CAGUCGAUUGAUAAAGUAUUAGUAAUUAAUAGAGAAAAAAAAAAUCUUUUAUCGUGUUUUCUAGUUCUUUCGCUAAAUCGCUCGAGAUCACUCGUGCGUGAAAUCCCGUCAGGAGCAAAAGGUAAAACGUUGCUCCUCUUUCUUUCUUGGCUCUAUCCAUCUUCGGAAACCCUAACCCUAAGAUACGUACAAUUUGCUUUUACUUUGUUAAAGUAAUCGUGGGUAUAAGCCGCCUCUGUCUUGGCUCGUUGGGUGUAGGUUAAUCGUAAAGUAGUCUGUCAUCAUGGAGAAUCAUGGGCAUAAUCCAAAUCAGCGAGCAAAUCCAAGGAGUUUCUCGAUUAUGGCUAUCCCUGAUUCGCCUUCGCCUCCUUCCUCGCCUCUGCCUUCGCCUCCUUCCUCGCCUCCGCCUCCGCUGGUUUUGGCGCCACCUGUUGCUGAUGAUGAGCAGCCUCACCAGGAGGAGCAGGCUGAUCCGGAAGUCGCCGCCGUGAGCGAGGUUGUUGUUGGCAGCGGAAGUACUGGAGCUGCAGGUUCUUCAAACCACGGUGGUUCCGGUGGAGGGAGUGGCCAUUGAUGGAUAAGAGACUUGAGAGGUCGCCAUCGAUGCAAUUGCAGUUGCAGCUAGCUAGUUUUGUUUGGACGUUUAAUUUUGCUUCUCUUAUUGCGCGGCUUUAAUUUCUUUCUUGGCUGUCUGUCCGUGUCCAUGUUUACCAGCCAAUGUGCUUAUGAUUCCGUUUUGUUGGUUUUAUUUAAUCAUUUAAUUUAACUCUGGUUGGUUCUGGGGUUUUUUUUUUUUUUUAUGGUGGCUCAAUGGAUAUGGGUAUCGUGUGUUCUCUGAAUUUGCCUUCCUUAUUUUUCUCCCAUGUUGUUCAAACUCAAAGUCGGAAACCUAGGGGUCGGUUAGAUUGCUAAUCUAUAGGGAUCGAUCAGCUACUUCAUGUUAAGCACACUAGUAUAUGAAUCAAACUUCAUGUUAAGC